UGUGUCACCUCAUCGGAGCUGAUAUUGAUUUUGUUGAAGGGUGUAAUGAUUCAACUGUCUCUGAAGGCAUAACUAAUCUUCUCCGAGGGAUAUCUGGUGUUCAGUCUCUACACUUAUCUAAUUACUCUAUGGAGGUUAUUUCCUCUAGUAACUCUCUGCUGCCAAAGUUUCAUAAUAUGACUUACUUGGAGCUUGGUGCAAUGCCUAAUGAUGGAUGGAAAUUGCUGCCAGAGUUGCUGGAGAACUCCCCAUAUCUGGGGACACUUGUUUUUGAAAAGGGACUUCGAGAUGAAAAUUGGUAUUAUCCAUUGGAUUGGAAUCCACCACAGAAUGUGCCUUCUUGUUUGCUCUCUCACCUCAAGGUAAUUGAAAUUAGAUUCUUUGAGGGGGAGAGAGAAGAGUGGGAGAUGGUCCAGUAUUUUCUGUGCAAUGCUAAGGUUUUGGAGAAGGUGCACAUGCAUUACAGCGAUGAAAGAGACUGCACAAUCCAGAUCACACAGCGACAUUAAGCACGAGCUUGAAGUUUGUAACGAAACUUGUGAUCAAAGGUCUCUAGGACUUCUUCAUGUCGCAACACAAUACCAGACUUGUUUUGGAUAUUUUCGUGGUAGUCUCACUUUGUCAAAUUAGCUUGCGAAAAUCAAUUUGCCAUCAUGAUGCUGGAAGCGGGUUUUUGAGUCGUGACAGUGGAGAUAAAGUUCUGUAUUAGUGGUCCUGAUCCUCUUUGUUUUGGUACUUCAGUUUCGUAUCUCUGGUAAUGGACUUUGUUAAUAGGCUAGCCUCUGGUGAAGCAGGUGAAUUGCUGUAUACUCUUUGUGGAGUUUUGUCCACAUUAUUUGUGAAACCUCGUUUGUAUGUUUUGACACGUGUUUUGCGACAGGUGCUUUGGGUGACACACUGGUUUCUACUAUUUUAUUUUCUUCCUCCAA